AUGCGUCGCUGCAAUGAUUUAGACAGUGAGAGAGUGAGGUUAUGGAAGAAGCAUUCAAAACCUGAUCAACUUGAAGGGCCCAUCCCCAUAUCCAAUGGAACUACUCCUGGUCUUGAUAUGAUGCACAAUACAAAGCACUUGUAUGGAGGGCAGGGUCAGGAUUAUGAAAAUGAUGUAUUUAUAAAAGAUGUUUUUGACAGUCUUUUUGAAUCCAACCGAUUUGGUGGCAACAUUCCAUCUACACUUGGCCUUGUCCAGACUCUGGAGGUGGUUCGUGUCCAACAAUCACCUGUCUGGGUUCCCCCCAAACCUUACUGGAAUGAAUUCCCUCAGUUACCUAAUGAUGGAGAAUACAAAACUUCAAGGAGCAAUUCCUGUCUCCUUCUUCAACCUGCAACAGUUGCAGACAGUGUUAGUACUGGAGCUCCACAGAGUUAUUGUUCCAUUAAAGAAUCCAAUGACUCAUAUUCAACGGCACCACAAAACUGUGUACCUGUUCCCUGCAGCUUAGAUCAGACAUUAAGCCCCAAAUGCAAAUGUGCAUACCCAUAUACAGGAACUUUCUAUCUCAGAGCUCCUUCCUUCUCAGACUUGGAAAACAAGACUGUCUUUGUAACCCUGGAGUUAUCUCUGAUGCAGUCUUUACAACUUCAUGAGACACCUGUUGAUUCAGUUUCUUUAAGCAAUCCAAGGAAGGACAUAUAUCAGUACGUUGAAUUGACUUUAAAACUAUUUCCAUCUGGCCAAGAUCGUUUCAAUCGAACUGGGAUUUCUGCUACAGCCUCUAUUCUCAGCAGCCAAACAUACAAGCCUCCUUCAUCGUAUGGACCAUAUUAUUUUAUUGCUGAUGACUACGUAAACUUCAUGAGUGACACAGAAGUUCCUGUGACAACAUCCAGUAAAUCUUCAAAUACUGCCAUCAUAGCUGGAGCUGCGGCUGGUGGUGCUGCCCUGUUGAUUUUGGUAAUUGUUCUAUUUGUGUAUGCUCUCCACCGGAAUAAGAAGUCAAUAGGAGCAACUGGGAAAAACAAACCUUUUGAACAAUGGGAUCCGGAUGAGAGCAACAGUAGCAUCCCACAGUUGAAAGGAGCAAGGCGCUUCAGUUUUGAAGAGAUACAGAACUACACCAAAAACUUCUCACAAGUCAAUAAUAUAGGAUCUGGCGGCUACGGGAAGGUUUAUCGGGGAACUCUUCCCAACGGGAAUCUGAUUGCAGUGAAGCGAGCUCAGAAGGAAUCUAUGCAGGGAGGAUUGGAGUUUAAAACUGAGAUUGAACUUCUAUCAAGAGUCCACCAUAAAAAUCUUGUUAGCCUAAUUGGUUUCUGCUUUGAGCAAGGAGAACAAAUGCUGAUUUACGAAUUCGUUGCAAAUGGUACUUUGAAGGACACUCUUUCAGGGAAGUCUGGAAUUAGAUUAGAUUGGAUUAGAAGGCUGAAAAUAGCUCUUGGUGCUGCCAGAGGUCUGGAUUAUCUGCAUGAACUUGCCAAUCCUCCAAUCAUACACAGGGACAUCAAAUCCACUAACAUCUUACUGGAUGAUCGCUUGAAUGCUAAAGUAUCUGAUUUUGGUCUCUCCAAGCCUUUAGGCGAUGGUGCAAAAGGUUAUAUCACCACACAAGUCAAAGGAACACUGGGCUACUUGGACCCAGAGUAUUAUAUGACUCAACAGUUGACUGAGAAAAGUGAUGUUUACAGCUUUGGAGUGCUGUUGUUGGAGCUGAUAACUGCAAGAAGGCCAAUAGAGCGAGGGAAGUACAUUGUGAAAGUGGUCAAGGGUGCUCUAGACAAGACAAAUGGCUUCUAUGGUCUUGAGGAAAUUCUUGAUCCAACUAUUGAAAAGGGGACAGCACUGAGCGGUUUUGAGAAGUUUGUGGAUCUUGCAAUGCAGUGUGUUGAAGAGUCAAGUUCUGACAGGCCUACAAUGAAUCAUGUGGUGAAAGAAAUCGAGAACAUGUUGCAGUUGGCCGGUUCAAGCCCCAUCUUAUCAGCAUCAGCAUCCACUUCAUCUAGUUAUAAUAAUCCAACUAAGGGUAGUUCCCUCCAUCCUUACGACAAUGAAUACUUUGAUUCAACAGUAGCACAAGAUAUCACCAAAGAUUUUGAAGUUCUGAAGUCUCUAAGUGAUUCUUGGCAAGGCCAAAUUCCUAAAUGGGUGGGUUCAGAUCCUUGCGAAGGUUGGUAUGGCAUAAACUGCAGACAGUCUCGUGUUAUUUCCAUAUCAUUAACAGAUAUGGGUUUGACUGGCCAGCUUUCUGGAGAUAUUGGAUCACUUUCUGAAUUGGAUAAUCUGGAUCUCUCAUACAAUAGGGGUCUAACAGGACAACUUCCACGAGAAAUUGGAAACUUAAAGAAGCUAACAAAAUUAACUCUUGUUGGUUGUGGUUUUACUGGUCGUAUUCCAGAUGAAAUAGGAUCUCUACAGCACCUUGAAUUCUUAUCUUUAAACUCCAACAAUUUUGCUGGACCAAUUCCACGUUCUAUUGGCAAUCUGUCAAAUCUUACUUGGCUAGAUUUAGCUGACAAUCAGCUAGAUGGAUCCGUCCCAGUAUCUAGUGGCAGUACCCCUGGUCUUGAUAUGUUACACAAUGCAUUGCACUUUCAUCUUGGGAAGAAUAGGCUUUCAGGAGAAAUUCCUCCGAAACUUUUUAGCUCAAAAAUGACUCUGAUACAUGUGAUAUUUGAUAGCAAUCAACUAGUUGGCAGGAUUCCGGAAACGCUUGGGCUAGUUACGAGUUUGACAUUGGUCAGGCGCUUUGAAAAUAAUUCACUGGAUGGAUUUGUGCCUCAGAGCCUCAACAACCUUAUCAAUGUCACAGACCUGUUGUUGUCCAACAAUAAGCUGCAAGGUGCCCUGCCAAACCUUACUGGGAUGAACUCCCUAAAAUACUUACAAAUGGAAAAUGUGUACCUUGUUGGAACAAUUCCGGAUCUUUUAUUUAGCCUCCCCAAUUUACAGAAUGUCACUGCAGUAAUUAUUGGAGUAACAAUUGCUGGCUCUUCUGUUAUGCUUGUGUUAUUAGUCCUGGCAGGUGUUUAUGCUUACCGCCAGAAGAGUAAGGCAGAAAGAGCAAUAUCUCGAAGCAAUCCUUUCGCACAGUCGUUUACUCAUUCAUGCAAACUUGCGUGGCACAGCGACAGAAAGUCAUCAUCUGUUUACCGGGGAACUCUUCCCUGUGGGAAAGUGGUAGCCAUAAAACGUGCUCAAAAAGAAUCAAAGCAGGGAGGGCAAGAAUUCAAAGCUGAAAUUGAACUCCUUUCAAGGGUCCACCAUAAGAAUCUGGUUAGCCUUGUGGGAUUCUGCUUUGAACGAGGAGAACAAAUGUUGGUUUACGAGUUUGUUCCUAAUGGAACUUUGAAGGAUGCUCUCACAGGGAAAUAUGGUAUUGCUUUGGGCUGGAGUAGAAGGCUGAAAGUAGCCCUUGGUGCUGCCAGGGGUUUGGCUUAUCUUCAUGAACAUGCCGAUCCGCCUAUUAUACACAGGGACAUCAAGUCAAACAACAUUUUGUUGGAUGAGAACUACAAUGUUAAAGUUGCUGAUUUUGGUCUCUCCAAGUGUAUCUUAGAUGAUGACAAAGAUCAUAUCACCACUCAAGUUAAAGGAACAAUGGGCUACUUGGAUCCAGAAUAUUAUACUAGUCAGCAGUUGACUGAAAAGAGUGAUGUCUAUAGUUUUGGAGUGCUAAUGCUGGAGCUAAUUACUGCAAAAAAGCCAAUAGAACGGGGGAAAUAUAUUGUGAAAGUGGUCAAGAAUACAAUAGAUAAGACAAAAGACUUGUAUGGUCUUCACGAAACCAUUGAUCCAGCCAUCUGUUCAGGAUCAACACUGGAGGGUUUUGAGAAGUUUGUGGACCUUACAAUGGAGUGUCUUAAAGAGUCAGGAGUCGACAGGCCCACAAUGAGUGAAGUGGUCAUAGAAAUUGAAGACAUGUUGCGAUCUGAUGGUUUGAACCUUAGAUCUGAAUCAGUUGCAUCCACUUCAUCCAGUUUUAGAUAUCAGGAGGUAAGUAUAGUGAGUUCCCAACAAGACCACCCUCACAGCAAUGAGUCUUUUGGUUGA